UGCUGUAUUGCUUUCUGUACUGUAGAGAUCCUAUUCGUAGUCAAGAAAAGCCACACAGUUAGAGCGAAAUUCACGUGUAUUUUUAUUCUCAUUACGGGAGUCCAAAGAUAUACUGAUGGUCAUGAUGAUGAAUGUGUUACUUUAUUACGUAUACUGCCAUGUCCCCGUUUUCCCAAGUCAUAUAGAGCAAGAAGAAGGUAG